GGCCGCAACCUCGUCUUUCUCCUGCACGGCCCCCCGGGAGUUGGCAAGACAGCCACCGUCGAGGCCGUGGCCCAACAAUACCAGAAGCCCCUAUUUUCCAAUACAUCUGGAGAUCUUGGCUCCACGCCUGACGCGGUCGAGUCGUCGCUCACCGAGAUUUUCCAUUUGGCAAACGUCUGGGAUUGCACCCUUCUACUCGAUGAAGCCGACGUGUUCUUGGAGGAGCGGGAGAAGACGGAUUUGGGCAGGAAUGCCGUCGUGUCCGUUUUUCUGCGAGUCAUGGAAUACUACAACGGCAUCCUCGUUUUGACAACGAACCGGCCGGGCCAGCUCUAUGAGGCCAUCAAGUCUCGCGUCCACAGCGCAUUGCUCUACAAGCCUUUGACCCUCAAGCAAACCCGAGAGAUUUUUAUCAUGAACAUCAAGAGACUGGGUCGUGGCGGAGGCGAUCACGCGCGAGUUCGACGAGCUCAGGCGAGAAUAUGUAUUUCUCGAUAUUUGGACGUGGAGACUUCUCCUCAGCCAUGA